AGUACUCCUAUUAUUUCUAUUUAUAAAAGGGUCGAGCUAAAGAUGGAGCUUUGAGAUAAAUCGUAACAAGAAUCUCAUCAUGAAGAAGCUAGAAGCUCGUGUCGUCUUCUUCGUCCUGUUCUUCCUGCCUGGUCUGUUUGCAUCUGGAAGCCAUGGAAGCAAGCAGAGUCAUCACAGAACCGCCUUCUUCAUCUUCGGAGAUUCCCUGCUGGACGCAGGAAACAACAAUUAUAUCAACACGACAACUCUGGACCAGGCCAAUUUCUGGCCUUACGGCGAGACCUACUUCAACUUCCCCACCGGCAGGUUCUCUGACGGCCGCCUCAUAUCGGAUUUCAUAGCUGAAUAUGCGAAUCUGCCAUUGAUUGCGCCGUUUCUGCAACCUGGGAACAGGGACUACUACAAUGGAGUCAAUUUUGCUUCUGCUGGUGCUGGUGCUCUUGUUCAAACCUUUCAAGGUUCGGUAAGUAAA